AUAUUAUUGUCAUCAUGCCUUCUGCUAUCCCUUUUCGCAGGCGCGAUCCAGGCGUAACCGCCCAGACGGCCGCUUUCAACGACAUCGUCUUCCCCAAGAUCUAUGAAGAAGCCUGGGGCAGCUCCGACCCCAACUCAUCAGAUAAACGAACUGAUUUCGAUCGUGCUCGCAUAUUUCUCAUGCGCAUAGCCAACAUGACGCCCGAUCCAUUGAUUAUCCAAGAGUUGCGCAGCAUCGUUUCGAAUCCGCAAAAUAAAACAAUACAAGCUCUGGCUACUGCGAUACAGCACAGGAUAUUUGGAAACUCACAUGGCUCCUUUGCUACCACGCCCUUGAUGCAGUCUGUGCGGUUUAUGCUCCUCAAGUCUCGCGUGCCAGAGCUUAUUUUGUCCGACCGAACAAGAUCUGUCGUCGACUUCUUUUUCGAUCCGACGCUAGAGAGAAACCUCAACCCUCUACCGACGGGCGAAGUAUCCGUUUAUAAGUACGUGCCGGGAAGGUUAAAGGUUGCUAUCAUAGGAGGUGGUCCUACUGCCCUAGCGUCAGCCAUUGCGAUCGCCGAGAAGGGCGCUGGUAACGUUGAGGUGCACAUGUAUGAAAAGCGCUGGAUAGAAAAGCAGCUUCCCAACGGCGAGAUUGUUGUCGACUAUCCGCCUACUGCCAGGAGAAGAGACCAAGUCGUUACGCUUCAAGACUCCGUCACUUCCCUCCUCAGCAAGGCGUCGUACCAAGCGCUCUUUGCAGGCAGGCCAGAGCGAGUGUGGCCCGGUUCGGCCAACAUUCAGAUCCGCAAAGUAGAGGAUCGAUUCCUCAAGCGGGUGCAAGACCCAGAGUUCCAAGGCCUUGUUUUCUUACACUGCGAGGGUGUUACACGAGAAGACCUUGCCAAGGUCGGAGAUUUCCACGUCUUGCUGGGCGCCGACGGUGCCGCUUCAUGGGUACGCCAGUCGUACUUUCACGGAUACGAGAACGAACGCGGAAGAAGCUAUGCCUUGGGUUUGGCCUUUGAUAGACCCGCUGGCUUACCGUGGUCACAGUCUCUCAACGUCUUCCUCACACUUGGACAGACACGUUACUUGCUGAACGCCAGCGAUCACGAUGGCCGAGGCUACUUGAAUAUGCAACUCACUGAGGAAGAAUGGCACAAAAUGCUUUCAGUCGACGGCCAGCCAGUUCACUUUGGUAGACCAGGCUGUUUCAGGAAGCCUGAUGGAAGCAUCCCCGAGGGUUUCGAGCCAAGUCAGGUAUUCGCGCCAUCUGAGGAUAGGAGCAGCCCCUUAUGGACAUCGAUCUCAGACGGCCUCAAGCUCUUUGGAUUCAAGGAUGAAGAAGUCAUCAACGUUGUACGCAUCCCAAUUGUUGUACAGGCCGUGAGGGAAGGAGUACAACUGCUGCCGCCUCAGGAUUCCAUCAACGUCAAGCGCCCCCAUGCUCUAGUCGCCGUGGCAGGCGACGCUGCAAUGACGGUACAUUUCUGGCCAGGGCGUGGUCUAAAUAGCGGCAUCAAGGCCGGUCUAUCUCUAGGAGACGAGCUUGUCCACGCAUUGAACAGCGGGAAGUUUAUUGGCAUGCCAAUCAGCGCUAUGAAAGAGUAUAACGACUUUAUCCUCAAGCUCCAAGGACGAGAACACGACAAGCGGAGCAUUCCCAUUCUGAACCAGUCGGGCUCUCCAGAAAUGCUCGGCUGGCUCCUUCAGAAGGCCAACAGCGUGCCCGAUGCCGUAGCCAUAGAGUGGCUGAUUGGCGCCAUGACGCAGAUCGCAGACCGUCUGCAAAGAAGAGACGACUGGUCCUACGACUACGUCGAAAAUGUAGAGCCGCAGCUGCGGAUCGUGCUACGACAACUCGCCCCAUUGACUCUGAAAGAAAUGGCCGUUAGCUUCCCCUGGCCGACGCGAGAAAUGGCCGGCGCUGAAGUGCUACCCAUUCGCUCCAUGAAGGCUGAAGAGAAGCAGAAAUGGCUAAACAACUUGUGGGGCCUCUUGCGAGAUGAGAAGAGCAAAGAUGGCCGUGCCGCUCCUCCUCCUCCUCAAAAUGGGGACAAGCCUACAUCAUCCGCGAGAUUCGAAGCUCCUAAGGGUGGCAAAGCUAGGCCAGCGUCCCUCAUGCCUCCCAGCCGCGAGAGUCUCGACAGCGGACCAGGUAGCUUAAGGAGGAGCAAUGCCACGCAAAGUGUGCGGCACAGUAGAAAUCUCAGCGUCCCGGGAGAAGGCGCAGCGAGGGCCAGAUCACCAUCGCCGGGUGGUGAGGUCAGCAUAAGCAGGAUGCUGACCGUUCACAAGAAGCCGCCAUCGUCGGUUCUGGGAGAUGCGUUGUCGCUGGCUUUGUUCCGAGUGGAGGAUCAGUGAGGACGUAGAUGACAUGAAGAGUUUUCUGCAUUUGGUCAGGUUUCAAUUUAACGAUUUAAUGAUAGUCCUAAUAUUAUACAAUUUCUAUGGCUGCUGACUUUGAUAUAAGAGGGUUGAGGUCAAUUUUUCUUUUUAC